AGGUUUUUCUCUCUUUCUUUUGUUAGUUUCCCAGGAUAUGGAUAUAUCUGUUUGAUACUUAAGUGGGGAUUUACUUAUUUGGUUUCAAGAUGAGCAAACAUAUGCAGUAAGGUUUUUAAGAUGCUGGGGGAAUGGCAGCCAGCGAUGUCGUUUUAGCCUACGGAGACACGUAUAGAGAUCUUCACCAUCCAGCAGUUAUCAUAGCAGGCUCCUUUGCACUUGUAGCAGUGGUUCUCUCUCUUUAUCUCAUUCUUCAACAUCUCAGAUCAUAUACGAAUCCUCAUGAACAAAAAUGGAUUGUUGCGGUUUUGUUCAUGGUUCCUGUCUAUGCUGCUGAGUCAAUCAUAUCAUUGGGGAACCCAAGACUUUCCCUUGUCUGUGACAUUUUGAGAAAUUGCUAUGAAGCCUUCGCCUUAUAUUCCUUUGGGAGCUAUUUGAUUGCUUGUCUAGGUGGAGAAAGAAGGGUUGUUGAGCUUCUUGAAAAUGAAUCUAGAAAUCAGCUGGCUAAGCCAUUCCUAGACGGAGCAGAAGAAGACCAACAAGUACAUCAAAAGUCAUUCAGCAACUUCUUCUUCCGUCCACGUGUUAUUGGAAAAGACCUGCUCACAAUAGAAAAAUUUGGUCUUGUGCAAUAUAUGAUUCUGAAGACAUUCUGUGCAUUCUUAGCACUAUUGUUGGAGGUCUUUGGUGUUUAUGGUGAUGGAGAAUUCAAAUGGUACUACGGGUAUCCAUACAUAACAGUAGUUAUAAACUUCAGCCAAAUGUGGGCACUUUUUUGCCUUGUGCAGUUCUAUAAUGUAACUCAUGAAAGGCUUGAACCUAUAAAGCCACUUGCAAAGUUUAUCAGCUUCAAGGCCAUUGUCUUUGCCACUUGGUGGCAAGGGGUAGGCAUUGCUCUGCUUUGUGCAUUUGGAGUUCUGCCUAAAGAAGGGAAACUGCAGACUGCAUUGCAGGACUUUCUGAUUUGUAGUGAAAUGGCCAUUGCAGCUGUUGCUCAUAUAUUUGUCUUCUCUGCGGAAUCAUAUCAUUUUCUCCCUGUUUCUGAAUACGGAAAGGUCACCACUGAAACAACCAAAGAAACACUGACGGUAGAGGAAGGCAAUGAGGAGAAACCAGCUGUGCUAGAAAAAACAGAAACACAGGUUAAGGCUCCUGGAACAAGAAUCACGGAGAGUGUUCAAGACAUAGUUCUUGAAGGUGGUCAACGGGUUGUGGAGGAUGUUGUAUUAACUAUAAAUCAAGCAGUAGGACCAAUGGAGAAAGGAGUGACAAAAAUCCAGGAGACCUUCCACCUCAAGAAAACAGAUUCAGAUGACGAUCAUGAAGAGUCAGAGUUGGAAGUGGAGAAACAUGUUGAGCAGCAUCUCUCAGAAAAUGAUAGUCACCCAGAGCUCCAGGUCUAAAGGUGCACUGUGCUGGGCAUUGUUGGAAGUGGCUGGAAGUUGUACGUUUUCUGGGCGAAGUGCAGCUCUUCAUAGUAUGGAAUGAAGAAUGUACCUCUUCUGGAAGAUCAAUAACAGAGGAAUAUCACCGCCGUUCUUCUUUUUCUAUUUGACAUGUCGUGAUGUUGGCAUGUACCAAGUAGUUAAGAACAAAUUUCCGGAUCUUUAUGUAUGAGAUUAAAAUCUUGGGA